AUGGGAAGAGCUCCUUGCUGUGACAAGGCCAAUGUGAAGAGAGGACCAUGGUCACCAGAAGAAGACUCAAAGCUGAAGGAGUACAUCGAGAAGCAUGGAACUGGAGGGAAUUGGAUAGCUCUUCCUCAGAAAGCUGGUCUAAGGAGAUGUGGAAAAAGUUGCAGAUUGAGAUGGCUUAACUAUCUUAGGCCCAACAUUAAGCACGGGGAGUUCUCCGACGAGGAAGACAGAAUAAUUUGCAGCCUUUAUGCUAAUAUUGGAAGCAGGUGGUCAAUUAUAGCUUCUCAGUUACCAGGCAGAACUGACAACGAUAUCAAGAACUAUUGGAACACCAAGCUUAAGAGGAAACUCAUGGGGUUGCUUCCUGCAUCUCAUCAAAGAAUAGCACCCUAUCAACACUCCUCCACUCAAAACCCUCCAUCAUCAUUUCCUUCUCACUCAUCUCUAUCCUCCUCAAUCUAUAGGGACUACUGCAACAACUCUCAUUAUUACAUCCCAGCACCAGCAUCAUCUUUCCCAUGCCUUGAACCAAUAUCUGUUCCUUCAAGUAAUUACACAAGCACAAGCACAAGCACCACCACCUCUCUCCCUUUUUACCAAAACCAUGACCCUUUGGUCAAUGUUAGUCCCAUGCAGUAUUACCCCACAACAGACAGUUCCAUGCUUGUCUUUGGAAGUGAAACAAGUUGCAGUUCUUCUGAUGGGAGCUGCAGCCAGGUCAGUCUUGGCAGAGAGAUCAAACAAGAGGAAACGGGGUUUCAGAAUUUCAUGUUUGGAGAUCAGCACAUGAACAAAUUCAUGCUUAGUCAAGGCAACAUGAAUCACGAUGGAGGUGAAGAGUACGUGAACCAAUGGACAGAGAAGCCAAACGGGUGCUUCUUCCAAACGCAACAAACAGCAUUGGAUUAUGAUAUUGAAGUAAUUAAGCAACUGAUUAGUAGUAACAGUAGCAGUAAUAAUAGUAAUAAUGGGUAUUUUAGUAUUGAUGAAAACAAGACGGGGGAGAAGGGAGUGUACUACAACUACUGA